AUGCCGGCUGUUUUUAUUAAUUUUAAAGCUCUCUCAUUGAACACAAAGAGUGCUAGAAGUGAUAUCACUGAUGACUGGAAGCCUAGCAUCGCUUUCGUUGUUGGGACCAGAAUUGAGGAUGAACUCCACACCAAGGCCCUGUCUCUUGCUGUGCAGGUGCCACAGCGGAAGCUCUUCAGCGUGGUAACACGUGAAGACAUUUUCAGACAGGUCAGAGAAUCUGGGAAUCCAAAGGGAAAAAAGGUUAAGGACGUGCCUAUGUACUAUGAGGUGAUAGAAGUAGCCAAAGCCAUUCUGGAUAGUGGUGAAGAAAUCCCUGUAGCACUAACUGGAAAGCUGUUGAAAUUUCAACUGCUUUGUCUCAAACAGAAGGACCUUCAGAGAAGAGAAGCUGAAAAGAAGGCAGAAGAAGAGCAAAAAAAGGAAAAAAAUGAAGGGAAAGAGAAAGCUAGACCUCCUGGCAAGAAGGAGAACCUCCAUAGUGCCAAGACAGCUGAGAAAGAAAGGAAAGGAAAAAAGACAGAAGUAGGCCUUCUAGCACCAGUCACUGUUAAAAAGGACACCCAACUGAAGCGACGGGGAGAAGUGGAAGAGGAACACAAAUACAUUGAUGAUGAACCAGAUGAUGGUGCCCAUCAUUACUUUAUAAUUUUGGAUUUCCACAACCCUCAGCUGUUGUCUGUGAUGUCUGAGCUUGGGAUUAACAUUUCAAGUGUAAUUAGAAUUUCUUCUGAGAAUUACAAGCCGUUGCAGACAUACUUGGAAGCAACUAAACUUGAAGGAGAAUCUUUACUUUCACCUAAAGUUGUAGAAGCAGAGAAAAGAAAGAAAGAUGAAGCUAUCAAAGACCUGGAAACAUUUUGGAAGUACCUGGAGCCAGUUCUGAACAGUGGCAAGCAUGGAUCAAGUCUCUUUGAUGUUGCCAGACUUCAUCACCUAGUUAAGGAGAACGCCUUUCCCUCUAAUUGGUCUGACAGAGAAAUGCUGCUUGCAUUUGGCACUGCACUGUUUGAAAGCAUUGCUUGUUUAAUGUAUGACUGCCUGGACUGGAGAAGACAGCAUUGUAACUACUUGGAAAACACCAAGUUUAUUAAUGUACCUGCAUUAUCAGAGAGCAAAUCGACACAACCACCUGUUACUGAGGUACAACCAGCAUCACAGAUUACACCUUCAAAGAAAAAAGGUCAACCAGAAGAAAUUCUGCCAACAGUGGUUUUGUCACAGGAGGAGGAAACUUCUUUUUUGGCUACUUCUGUGGACAUGAGGUAUUACAAUGACUUGCUGAGUCAGAUUCCUGAGGAAUACUUGUCUGUACCGUUACUGCUGAACUGCAUGUUGGAACAGGUUAUUGCAAGUGAAGAAGACCUUACACCGCCUAGUCUGGUGGUACCAGAGGCUCGAGCAGAUGGGCUACAUCAUACCAUUGCAGAUCAUAUAGCCUCUGUCAUUCCUUCUCUUUCACUGUCUGAGAGUGAAAAAAAGAAUCUAUAUGAGUACUUUUCUCCUAAAUACAGUGAAAAAAAGACUGUCAUCCCCACGUAUCCUCUGUUGUUUAACUACCAUGAUACCCUGACUCAACGGUUGCACCUGCUGAAGGUCCAUGAGAACUUAAAUCCAGAAAGGAUUGAACAUGAUAUGAUGGAUAAACUGCCUCUUACAGAACUUACCCAUUUCACCCUUCCUUCAACUGAAAAUAACACUAAACGCUUGGCCAGAGUUCAUGAGCUCAUGCAUUAUUGUACCAGUGAACUUCUGAGUUGGGCUGAAGUAGAAAGAGCCUUCAGAGUGUUUACUUUUGAAAGCCUGAGUCUGACUGGGCUGAGUGACUCUGGUCUCCUGGAGAGCUCUGGAUCUGUGGUUGGAGGUGAUUCUGAAGUGUAUUGUAUCCCUUGGGAUAAUCCAGCCGAGUUUGCAAGACAGCUGAGACAACUCUUCCUUAUGGAAAAGAAGCUUAAUGGGAAAUCUGCAAGAGGCUCUGGACAUACAGAAACGAGUAACAAAGAUGGAGAAGUUGGUCUGGCUGAUCCUGUUUUGAACAAAGAAUUGGAUCUUCUUAUUUCUGAUAUGGUGAGUCCGGAAAAUUACGGCCUAGGACCAGACUUAGAAGAAAUAAAAAAAACACAGAGGCGUUGUUUGACAGAUUGGAGUUUCUCUGAGCAUUUUCAGCCCCAUGUUCUUCUUCAGGUUCUUCAUAGUGCAUCCCAAGAAUACAGAUGUGUUGAUUCCUUUUAUCAUACUCCAGAUAACUCUCUGCUAGUGGUUCUUCACAAUCCUAUGAAUCAAUAUCGUUUGUGCCAAGAGACUUGGGAUACUGCAUUGCACUCUAACGUGGGAUUCAGGAACUAUCUUGAGCUGGUGGCAAACUCAGUUGAAGACUGGGUGAAAGAGGAGGAAGUCAAAUACCAAGAAGAGAAGAUGGCUAGGGAAGCAGGAUCGCUUAAACUGCAAAAAGCCAUGCCAGAAGGACCGUUUGAAUUGUCUACAUGUGCUGUCAAAAAAACUGACUUCCUGAAGAAAGCCAAAAGCAGCACAUCAGGACCUGAGAGCAUAAUGCAGACUAUCCCAGAAUCUCAAUCUAACAAUGAAAAAAGUCCUUUUAUCAGAGAAGGUUCUCUAAAGUUUGUUGGCUACAAUACAGGGGAGGGUCUCAUUCAAGUAUCAGGAACCAAUCAAUACCUUUUUCCAUCUGAUGGAGGACAGAUUCAAGUAGAGAAGAUAGAGUUUGUAAAAGGUCUAACUUUGGUAAAAGUGAAAGUGAUAAAAGACAACCACAAUUUCUUCAUUCAUAUCACAGACCCCAAGAAAAACUUAAAAGAUAUAAAAGUGCAAGAAAUUAAUGAAGAACAGAAAAUUAUAUCAGGAAAAUUGAAAAAUCAGAAGAAAGCUGUGAGCAAGUUUGGAUCUUUUUCAGCCACCUUGGAAAAUGGAAUCCAGCUGUCCAUGAGCUAUUAUGGACCCACAGGGAAGACAGCAGAUGAUGAAACAGAUCCUGUCUUAGCAAGAAUUCUGAACAUCACGUCUGUUCAUAUUCCGACCAUAAUUUCUCCUGUUACAUCAGCUUCAGAAAAAAAAGAUAAGUCCGUCAAACAAAAAUCAGGAAAAUCUCUGCCAUCUAGAAAAGCAAGCGGUAGCAAAACAGGGCUUCCACCACCUGAUGACCCAGUAAAGCAAGAAGAAGGAAAGAUGGAAAUGGAAGAAUCGGCUUCCCAAGAAGAAGAGAUGUCAAAUGCUUUUUCUUUUUCAAGUUUGAACGUCUCCUGUCCCAACGGACUAGUAUUAACUUUCCUUGGUGAAAGUUUUGGAGAUUUGAAAGGUAAAGCCGCUACAGCUGAAGCUGAGAAAGAGGUGGUAAAGAAAACUGAGGCUGAAGCAGAUGAAGCCAAGGAAGAGAAGGUUGAGAAAGGUGAGGCCAAAGCAAAUGAAGCAAAGGACAAAGAGGCUAUGGAAAGUGGAGAGAAGGAACAUCAGGUUACAGAAGGUGAAAUAAAGCACAAAGAUACCAAAAGAGAACAGGCCAAGCAGCCUACUCUGGAAAUUCUGGUCAGGCAGAGUUAUCCCCAGAAUGUAAAGAACUCUCAUCUAUACACAUCUGCGGCAAGACAAACAGAACAAGAAGUAUCAAGAGUUGUCACCAGUCAAGGAACUGUCAUAAAGUACAUGAUGGAUGGAUCUACCCAGAUUCUGUUUGCUGAUGGCACAGUGAGUAGGAGUCCUAAUUCUGGCCCUGUCCUACCACCACCUACAAUUCCAGAUAACAUGCAACCAUUACCAGAAUCGGAGCCUUCACUUGGGAUCAACACUAAGAAAGGAAAAGGGAGUGGCAGAAACAAUGUAUCACACCCAAACAAGGACGAGUUGUUUGAAGAUACUGUGCAGGGUCUGGUUAAUACUGAGCAACUGAAGAAGAACCAGGCAGGAACCUGGAUAACAACAACUCCAUCAGGCAUUCGAGUGGGCACUGAGGGAGCAAAGAGAAUAUAUCUGAAGCCACUCUUAACCUAUCAGGCAACUGACCCAGCUGAUGGAACGGUUAUGACUGUACGAGACGAUGAAGUGAUAAUUGUUGAGAAGCUGGAUGGCAGCAGAGUAGUAGAUCAUGCUGAUGGUACUAGGAUCACAACGUUUUAUCAAAAUCGUAAAGAACUUUUUGUACCAGAGGAUAGUGAGGAAACAGAUGAACCCUCGCAAGCCAUCACAAGGAAAGUGAAAUGUAUACAAGUAGAGAAUCCUCAGUUUGCUACUGUUAUAAUCAAUUGUGAGGAUGGUACCUGUUGCAGCAUCUUUGGAGAUGGGACAUCUAUUAUAGCAAAGCCACAGGGAACAUACCAGGUUUUACCCAUCAAGACAGGUGCACUCUUCAUUGAUGAAGAUUGCUCAGCAGUUUAUACCCAUGAAGUUUACAAUUUCAUCAACAAGAAAGAAGAGAAACAAGUAGGGAGAUACAUUAUGAAACACACUUCCAGCACUAUUUGUGAGGUGAUGGAUCCUGAAGGAAAUCUUUUCAAGGUCAUGGCUGAUGGCAGCACAUCUGUGUGUGUUCCUAGCAUUGGCUCUUCUGACAAAGAAGACAGAAGUUCAGCAUCAGCACUCCCAGAAGUUAACAAACCUAUCAUUUAUGAUCAGCAUGCCCCCAGGUUCUUCAUCAUCUACGCGGAUGGUUCUGGAACCGAGCUGCUGCGGAGCAGAGAUGUACACAAAUAUCUUGCCGAAGCCUGUAGUGAUCCCACUGCUGCUGUCUUGCAGGAUCCAGUAGAAGAACGUCCAGGUGUUUUAAGUAUUACCAUCCUCCGCCCUUUGGCUGAAGCCUCCCCCUGGAUAAUGAAGAAAGAACCAGAGAGUAUUGUUCCUCCAAAUCUUCAGUCAAGGACCCAGGACACAUUUUCUCCUCUUGAGAGGAGGAUCACAGGUCCCUCAGUCAGAACAUGUAUUUGGAAGGGUCUCUGCAUUGGAUCCAAGGAGCAGACGUGCUUUCCAGAACCUGUGCAAAAAUGUCCUAAUAAACUGCAAAUCCGUCAGCUGUUCCAGUACGAGCCACUCAGUGAGGAACUAAGAGAAAAGCUGCAGCUUUCCCUUAAGGAAUAUAUAGAUGACAUUUUAAAGCAGGAAAAUGAGCUGGAAGAGAUGAAUGUAAAAGAACCAAGAACAGAAGAGGAAAAGGAGAGUGCUGCAAGUCUCCUUGAACAGGUUACGUCCUUCCCUGACUGGGAGAAGUCAUCUGAAGAUCUCGUUGCUAGAGCUCACAUAACGGAGCUGUACGAACAGGCAGUGGCUUCUCGUCGCCAGUGUCACACAGAGAAGACGCUCACUGCCCAAAGAGAGGACCAGCGGCAGAGGUUCAGCCCAGAAGGAGUGACACCAGUGUCCAAGUGGCAGAGCAGACUAGCAGAGCACAGGAAAGAACUUGAAGAAGAAAAGAAGUCCUUAAUGGCAAUAAGAAACAAAAUAAUUCCUCCAUAUUUUGAAUCAGAAUUCAGCAAGGAGUUUUUCCUGAAAAAGUUUACUGAUGUGGAAGCACUGUCUAUGGAACUUCCUCCAGUUCAAAAAAAAGAAAGCGUGAAUUUCCCUGUAGAGACAAUCAAAAAACCCAGUAGAGAAUCUGAAUGUCUCAAUACUAUGAGAGAUUCCUCACCUUCACCUGGCCUUCUGCUGCAGACACAUUCCAAACAAAAUGAAGGUUCCAGCAGCACAACAGACCCAAAUAAGGCUGCAAGUUCACAAGAGACACCCUUGAAACACAAAGUUCAGAGUCUGCUGGUGAAUGCUGCAGGACAGCCAAGGAAAGAGAAAGUGAAAUUACCAUCCUCCCUUUGGAGGAGAAAACCAAACUCCAUACCAAAUAAAAAGAUUGAAGAUCCUGUCGCAGGAAAGGUCAACACAUCUUCUCUUGCAACAACAAGACAGCAUCUUAGCAGCUUCCAUCUCAUUCCAUCCAGAGUGAUGCUUGGAGUGCUAAAGGAGGGCUGCACCUAUGCAGCCAUUGUGAUCCUGAAGAAUGCUGGUGUGAACUUCUCAAGGUUUCGGGUGAAGCAACCACCUCCACACACAGGACUGAGAGUGAUGUACACACCAGGACCUGUGGCAGCAGGCUUGCAUGUUGAACUGGAGAUAGAGAUUUUUGCCAUGGUAAUUGGAGGGGAAGAUACUGAUGGCCUUCAAGAAGUUUCCCAUGAUAUUGAAAUAUUAACAGAAACAGAGACUCUUCUCCUGCCUGUGAGAGCAACUGUGUUAAGCAGUGACAUUUAUGAGUGCCGCCCACACGGAUACCCCCAGGGCGGGAUGGCAGCAACAGUCCGGGCAGUUCCUGCCAGCCCCAAACCACAGUUCCGGAUUACACUGCCCCGAAAGCUUUCCAGUUAA